UAAAAUGAAAAGACGUAUUCGUAUUGUAGAAUAAUUUGAAAGUUGAAUUAAACAGAAUUUCGUGAAUGAUUAUUCAAUAUUACUCGUAAUAUUGCGAUUGGAAUCAUCAUGGCGCUGAAGCUGAACAUCUUCAAUGAGGUUCGCUCAUCUGUACGAAAGCCGAAAGGUACUGAAAAUGUCAACACUUCGCAUCAGUUCUAAUAAAAGGAGGAUUUUCAUUAACGUCCGUGAAGCAUUCGUGGUACGUUAAUUUCGGAGAUCUCUAUGUCUUAAGCUAUAAGCAACAUGAAGCCAUAUUCGAACAACAUCAUCUCCAAACUACCAGACUAAUAGAAGUAAGACCAUCAAAAAAUGACGAUUCGAAUCUUAUUCUCAGUGAUCUUCAACAUCUUCGUGAUCUCAAAAUACGCCGAAUGCAUUCUCCUCGAAAAAGAGUCACCGAAAUCCACGUACGGAGCCUAUAUCACCCUAGAUGCGCCCACCUUCAAAAUGUUAGUCGAAUCCAGUGACGCGAUCGCCGACAAGACCCUACUGAUAUCGUACAUUUUAUCCAACGAAGACGAUAAAGUAAUCGCCAUCACUCUGCCUCGAGGCUGGGGUAAAACAAUUAAUUUAAAUAUGAUCAGUUGUUUCGUAGGCAUACAAGCGACCGCCGAAGGUUACGAAGUACCUUUAUACAACACCUGGAGCUAUCGGUUCUUCGUCAAAGGCGAAUUGUACGAUAAAAAAGGCAAUCUUCAGAAAUUCAAGAAACGUCCAUUGAUCUCGAACGAAAAAAACAUCACAUCCAAGUACCUAGCUCAGUAUCCGGUCAUUCGACUCGAUCUAUCGGAAGAAUUUCCCAGUCUGAAUUACGCUGGAUUCUACGAAGCGUUCAUAAAAUGUAUUCAGAAAGCGUUUCAAGAACAUCAGUACGUAGUUGCCAGAUUACGUAGGAUUAUCGACGAUCCGAAUAUAUUAGAUAUUAAAAAAGAAUCCGCUCAGAAAACAUUAACUCAGUUCGUGAAGUUUUCUUCGGGCGAUGAACGUAACGAAACCGAACUACUGUCGAGUAUCGUGUUUCUGAGCAGGACGUUGAAAAGACAGUUCAAUAAAUUCGUGUUUUUAUUCAUCGACGAGUAUACUUGGCCGGUGACCAAUGUUUACCUAUCGGAUUAUUUCGACGAACCGGACGAGCAAAGGAUAACGAAUUUUUACUUCCAAUUCAUGCGAAUCACGUUGGAGAAGAAUAUUUAUCUGUAUCGGUGCCUUCUGAGUGGAGUAUUCGCCAUCAAAGAGAAGUUAUUUACUCGUAUUCCAACGUUUAACGUUAUGGAUAACCGAACAAUGGCGUAUUACGGUUUUAAUAAGACCGAUUUGGAUGAUUUUUUCGUAGCUUUCAAAGUACCCGAAGAGAAACGAGCUCAGGCUGAACAAUGGUACUUGGGGUAUACGAUUAUAGACAGACAAGAGUUCCAAUCAGAUCAAAAAUACAUAGAUAAAUUGAAAAACGAUAUUAAAUUAGGAUUCGAUUUAUCCAGUCUACUGUUAUACAAUCCGUAUUCAAUUGUGAAUUUUUUGAACGUAUUUAACAUACGGAAUUACUGGCUCGAUAGUCAGAAAUUCCCCAUGUUCCAUCGAUCCUUUCAUUACAUCGAGAUGAGAUUGGUUUUCGAAACACUUUCGUUUAGUAAUCGAGCUUUCAUGCAGUAUAACGACCUAGCGUUCACUUUGCAGGAUAUGAGAACUUGGAGAAAAGUAAUGAAUUUCGACGACUCGUGGAAUAUCACCGAUUCGAUCGACUCGAUCUUAGCAGUGUUUGUAUCAACCGGGUACCUGACGAUGGGCGAGCAUGGCAAACAAUCAGUUCGUAUUCCUAAUUCCGAAAUCUUCAGCACCGUUUUGAACGAAUUAGAGAUGUAUUAUUGUACUACCCUAAGGUACGAUAUGCAACUGGUGCCUGAUCUCAUAAACAACACGGCGUAUACGUUGACUAGAUUCAUCGAAGAAGACGAGAAUGUCACUGUGGGACAUUUAGUUCAAGAUUUUACGUCAGUUUUUGAAGAAUUCGAUCAGUUUAAAUAUGAACGUAGAAUGGACGAGAGCGAAAACGAAGAGUUGAUGAGAGGUAAACAGAGAGCUUUGCAUGGGAUCGCAUUCAUGACCAUGUUAUGUGCCAAGAUCAUGUUCGAGUUCAAAGUACGACCCGAAGUAUCCGGAAAUGGAAAUAAUUAUGUGUUUUAUAGGACUAUUUACGGAGCUGUUUUUGAAAUAGGAUCGAAUUAUCGAUUGACGAACGAUGUGAUUGAAGCUAAAGAGAAAAAUGAUACAGAGUUUUUUGAAAUACAAAAGAAUGUUAAACGAGUGAAAAUCGUCAGAAUUCGAGUUAAUGAUACCGGAGCGGUGGAUAUUUACGUGAAGAAAAUUAAAUGAUGGAAUUCGUGUUUUUAUUUUAUUUUUGAAUGUGUUGGAAGUACAUAGAAUAACCUACUAGGUACCUACCUAUACUUUUGAAUAUUUCAAAUUAAGGAAAAAAUAUAUCACGAUGCAAAAUAAUAGAUACGUGCAUGUUUCCGUGUUUGAAAACGAAAUAGGUACCUAUAAAUUUAUUUGUAGCAUUUCGACACAGAAACUGUAUGCUUUUACAAGUUUGAAACGAAAUUUUAAUACAAUACAACAUUUUUGGAAUGAUGCGUUUUUUUUCUGACCUUGACUAAAAAAAAAUGAAAAUUUUGGUCAUUUGAAAAAAAAAUCAUUAGCUUGAGCAAACUGCAAAUCGGUGGUGAGAACCUGUUUAUAAUGUGAAUACCUACAUAAUUACAUAUAUGACUUACCAGAACUGGUAAAUUGAACUUCAAACUCCAAGAAAUAGAAAUCUUUCUUCUUCUCGCCUUUUUUUUGAAGUCAUACCUACUACGAUGGACAGAAUUUUCGAAUAAUAGGUACUUGUUGUAAUUUGCAAAAAAAAAAAAUCAACCGUAAUUUGAAUUACAAAAA